AUGAAUCUCUCCGACGUCAGUAUUGAGACUGAUCAAAUCAGAGAGUGGCGGUCCAUCAUAACCCUCAUUGUCUUCCUUCUCGCCAACAUUGCCGUCUUGUUUCCUUUCCACAUCCCGAUUUAUGUUCCCGGGCGACUCUGGCACGCUGCUCAGCAAUUUCUCUGUGCUAUACGUGUGAUAUCACCGAGGACCCACGGCUCUCACCAUGAACCACACGACGGCAAGGCCAGAAAACUCGUGUGCAAGAGAUUCCCCAUGAAUUCUGUUACGGCACCCCUCAUUGCAGACCUCUUCCUCCUUGCCAUUCUGGCCAUUGGAAGAGACGAAGUCAAGGCUGGCACUCUUGGAGACAACGGCAUUUUCCCCAUCGACAUCAUGAUAUUCUUCAUCACUUUAGCCUAUAUUGCAAUUUCAAUUGACGCGUCCGGUCUCAUCAGGUAUCUAGCCUUGAAGGUUCUGCAGUGGGGAGCCAACAUUGCUUCAGCAAUCCUCGUUUCAUCAAACCCAACCAACCUUGUUCUCGCAGGAGCUUUUAAUAUCAAGUUUAUCAAUUAUACCGCUAAUAUGGUGGUUCCUGUUAUUGUUACUGCCGUUGUAUUAUUCCCCUUCCUGCUAUACAUCGUCUUUGCCAACGAGGGCCUUAUCCCCGUAUCUAUCACAAUGCGCGAGCUUCCAGCAGAGGCUAAGUUGAAACCUGCUGUCAACCCCAACAUUCCAAACGCCAGAGGAAUUGUAGACGAUGAGGAGGAGGCCCACACAAACGACGACCAAGGCCAGCUUCUUUCUCUCGUCGAGAUCAUGAACCCUUUCCUGGACAAAGGAGGCGCAGCGUUUGGUGCCAUCAUCAUGUCAGUGACGCUGAUCACCGUCUUGGCUAUCAACGCUGCCAGCGUUAAGGCGAAAAAUGAUGAUCACUUUCAGGUCUUUUGGGUGACGCUACCGGCUGCCUUUGUUAUGCUGUGCUGGGAUCUCGCAUUCGGGUGGAUCCACCGUGAGGAUACACGAGCAAUCUCUCGCAGAGGACGACAAGAGGUUGAACGGGCUCGUAGGGAGAGAGCGUUGAGAGGAGAUAGGAUCACAGAGCACUUUGGAGGGAGACAGCUAUCUACUGAGGGUGGCGUCGAGAUGCUGUCGAUAACACGCAGCCUCUCCAGAGAAGCUUGGCCUGAGAUUCAAGUCCAGGAUACCGACGCUGAUACAAAGGACGGUGUGAAAGACCAAGGCUACGACAUACAGCCUGUUAGUCCCGGGAGAGGACCCGCUCCUCUCCUCACGCUCACACCUGCUGGUCGGACAAGUGAGGCCAGCAUCAGCCCGGCGCCUGAAGCAAUUGCUCACCUGGCAUCUUCCAUGUCUACCACAGCGGGAAACGCAGCUGACAACAGCCGGCCAUCAAGCAGUGACCCGACCGUUUUCGAGAAAAGAGACGAUUUGCCUUGUGCUGAAGAAUCCAGCUUUCCGGUGGAAGACGUCCUAAUUUCGGGCAUCGAUGAAUCCGCAAACAAGAAUAAGAAAUGCGAGCUGGACGAAAGUACAGUAAGCAACGGGAGGAAUCACAGCCCGCCGACGCUCAUCUCCCUCUGUAAAGACGGAUACCGAUGGUCGCAGGAGACGUUCCCAACCGUCAUGGCCGUGAUUUCACACCUGCCCUUCGCGCUUGUUCCGUUCGCCUUUUCAAUGUUUGUCCUAGUCCAGGCACUCGUUACGAAAGGCUGGGUCUCGGUCUUUGCAUAUGGAUGGGAUCACUGGGUGCACAAAACGGGCACCAUCGGCGCCAUCGGUGGUAUGGGCUUCCUUUCGGUGAUCUUUUGCAAUAGGAUACAUAUGGAGCCUAAUAGCAGCUAUAUCAGCGAUCGGACAUUUUGGGCGACUGUUUAUACUAUGGCGCUUGGUGUCAACUACGGCGCCUUCAGUACUGCCUUUAGCGCAUCGUUGGCAGGGCUAUUAUGGCGGGACAUCCUCAAAAGGAAGCACAUUCAUAUCCGUAGGAUGGAAUUUGCCCGUGUCAACGUUCCAAUCAUAGCUAUCGCCAUGACCGUCGGCUGCACGGUUCUCGUGGGAGAGGUUUACAUCAUAAGAAAGGAAACACCUUACAGCCUGUAA